AUUCUUUAAAUGCUAUUAAAAAUUUGAUUUUUUCAAUCUAAUAUCACUACCAGUGUUGCAGCUGACCACGUUGCUCUUUUGCUCCCCCACAAAAUCAAAAGCCGCUUCCUCCCUGUUCUCUACUCCCAACUCUUCUUCCUCUCUCCACUCACUCUGCCCACAACCGCAAGCAAAGCCAAACUCAAAGCUCGGCCUUUGACUGAACUCCACCCCAAGCAGCCAUGGCUUCCACAUCCUAUGUUCUUUUCUCCUCAUCCUAUUCCUCUUCCAUUUAUGGCGGCUCACUCCACCCCAGAUUCCCCUCCCUUCCUCUACCUCUCUCCCUCCUCCCCCGUCGUCAAAACCCCUCCUUUCGAUCCCAACUCCCUCCCCCUAAGAAACCCCUUACUUUCUCCUCCAAACCUCGCACCGCCACCGCCGCCACCGCCACUGCCACCCUCCUUCUUUCUGCCCUUGCACCCGUCGCCCUUGCUUCUGACGACCUCUCUCCACUCGUCCCUCUCCCUCCUUCCUUAUCCCCUCCCAUCCAGCUAGAAUCAACCGCAAACCCUAACCUUUCCACACCAAAUCCCUUCUCUCAAUCCCUCCUUACAGCCCCAAAACCUCAAUCCACUGAUCUCCCAGAAUCGUCCCAAUGGCGCUACAGUGAAUUCCUCAACGCCGUCAAGAAGGGCAAGGUCGAGCGUGUCCGCUUCAGCAAAGACGGUGGUGCUCUCCAGCUCACAGCCAUCGACGGUCGCCGCGCCACCGUAAUCGUUCCCAACGACCCUGACCUAAUCGACAUCCUGGCCAUGAACGGCGUGGAUAUCUCCGUCUCCGAAGGAGAGGGCGGCAAUGGCCUCUUCAACUUCAUCGGUAACCUCCUCUUCCCUUUCCUCGCCUUUGCUGGCCUCUUCCUCCUCUUCCGCCGCGCACAAGGUGGCCCCGGUGGCGGCCCGGGAGGGCUUGGUGGACCCAUGGACUUCGGUCGGUCUAAGUCGAAGUUUCAGGAGGUUCCUGAAACUGGAGUUACCUUCGCCGACGUUGCAGGCGCUGAUCAAGCCAAGCUCGAGCUUCAAGAAGUCGUCGAUUUUUUGAAGAAUCCUGAUAAAUACACGGCUCUUGGUGCUAAGAUUCCCAAAGGUUGCCUUUUGGUUGGGCCGCCGGGAACUGGGAAGACGCUGCUAGCUCGGGCGGUCGCCGGCGAGGCUGGUGUGCCCUUCUUUUCGUGUGCUGCUUCAGAGUUUGUUGAACUUUUUGUUGGAGUUGGAGCUUCAAGGGUGAGGGAUUUGUUUGAGAAGGCAAAGGCGAAAGCUCCCUGUAUUGUUUUUAUUGACGAGAUUGAUGCGGUUGGAAGGCAGAGAGGGGCUGGGCUUGGUGGUGGUAAUGAUGAGAGAGAACAGACCAUUAAUCAGCUCUUGACUGAGAUGGAUGGAUUUUCGGGGAAUAGUGGGGUCAUUGUUCUUGCUGCUACUAACAGGCCUGAUGUUCUUGAUGCUGCUUUGUUGAGGCCGGGAAGGUUUGAUCGGCAGGUUACUGUGGAUAGACCUGAUGUUGCUGGUAGAGUAAAGAUCUUGCAGGUGCACUCAAGAGGUAAAGCUCUCGCAAAAGAUGUGGACUUUGAGAAAAUUGCUAGAAGAACACCUGGUUUCACAGGAGCAGACUUGCAGAACCUAAUGAACGAAGCAGCCAUCCUUGCAGCCAGGCGUGAUCUCAAAGAAAUUAGCAAAGAUGAGAUAUCUGAUGCACUUGAAAGAAUAAUAGCUGGACCUGAGAAGAAGAAUGCCGUUGUUUCGGAUGAAAAGAAGAAACUUGUUGCAUAUCAUGAAGCCGGACAUGCACUUGUUGGUGCACUCAUGCCAGAGUAUGAUCCGGUCGCUAAGAUCUCCAUCAUUCCCAGAGGUCAAGCUGGCGGGCUUACUUUCUUCGCUCCAAGUGAAGAGAGGCUUGAGUCUGGACUUUACAGCAGGAGCUACCUGGAAAAUCAGAUGGCUGUUGCUCUUGGUGGAAGGGUAGCUGAGGAGGUGAUCUUUGGGCCAGAUAACGUUACCACGGGAGCAUCAAAUGAUUUCAUGCAGGUUUCACGUGUGGCGAGGCAGAUGGUGGAGAGAUUUGGAUUCAGCAAAAAGAUUGGUCAAGUAGCUAUUGGCGGUCCUGGCGGUAAUCCAUUCCUUGGUCAGCAGAUGUCAACCCAGAAGGACUAUUCCAUGGCGACAGCUGAUGUUGUCGACGCAGAGGUGAGGGAGCUGGUAGAGAAAUCUUAUUCGAGAGCAAAGCAAAUCAUCACAACCCAUAUUGAUAUUCUUCAUAAACUUGCACAACUUCUCAUCGAAAAGGAAACUGUGGAUGGAGAGGAGUUCAUGAGCCUGUUCAUUGAUGGCAAGGCUGAAUUGUAUGUUGCCUGAGUAUACUAAAUUCAAGAUGAAUCAUUUGUCUGCACCAAAUGAUUUUGUACAAGAAAAAGGACAGAUGUUUUGAAGUGUCAUGUUAUAGUUGAAGGGUUUUGUUAAUAGUUAAAAUAUUUCUUAUGGCUUCUUGAGAUCACUUGAGGUAUAAUGCAUUAUGUUGACAACUUUAAAUACCUGCACAUUAAAUAUAGUUUGAGCUGCA